GUCGACACAAAACACGACUGCCUCACCAAAUCUCCAAAGGAGGGCCGUCCAUCACUCAAGUCAACGCAAGAUGCGGUCUGCCCUUUCGAGGCUUCUCCUGCGACCUCGAAUGGUUCAUACGCGCCCCUUCUGGCACCCGUCACCAUCUCAACAGAAGCGCACACUCUCACAAACGACACGGCCAGCGGAAACGCCCAAGAAAAGCUCUGAAGGAGCUGACCACUUCCUUGGAGGGAUCUUCAUCGGAGCUGGAACAGUCCUUACCGUGUUAUAUUAUUCCGAUGCCAUCUCCUUGGUCAGCUCAGAGGUGAACAAUACUAGUACCACGUCGACAUCACCGUUACUUUCGUCCUCUCCACCACGAUAUGACCUGUCCGAGCAGAACAUCCAGGCUGCCAAGGGGGACUUCCUCGCGCUUCUGGGCGGCGACGGCGUGGACGAUAAUCUAGGCGCCAGAAUAGCCCGGUCCAGUACCGACUGGUCACCAGCUCCACACGGCGACCUUGAUAGACCGUGCUUAAUCGUCUAUCCCAGGUCAACGGAGGACGUGAGCAACAUUGUCAAGGUCUGUCACCGGCGCAGGAUCCCGAUCAUCGGUUUUGGCGGCGGCACCAGUCUCGAAGGCACACUUGCGGCCAUCCACGGCGAAGUCUGCAUCGAUUUCCGCCGCAUGAACAAAGUCCUGGUGGUUCAUGACCAAGACUUGGAUGCCGUCGUGCAACCAGGAGUCGGCUAUGUCGAGUUGAAUGAAAUGCUUGGUAAAUCGGGUCUCUUCUUCCCACCGGAUCCUGGGCCAGGGGCGCAAAUAGGAGGCAUGAUCUCGCAAGGCUGCUCGGGGACAUCGGCAUACCGCUACGGCACGGUCAAGGACUGGGUCAUAGGCUUGACCGUGGUUCUUGCUGACGGCACCGUGAUCAAGACAAGAAGGCGGCCGAAGAAGUCAUCUGCCGGAUACGACCUGACACGACUUUUCGUCGGGUCAGAAGGUACCCUGGGGCUGGUCACAGAGGCUACUCUGAAGAUCACCAACAAGCCGGAGAAUGUCAGAGUGGCUGUUGCGGCAUUUCCUACGACACAGAACGCCGUUGAAGCGGCAGUCAAGAUCGUCCAGAACGGUUUGCCUGUGGGUGCACUCGAAUUACUCGACGGCAUAUCAAUGAAGACGAUCAACAACUCGGGCUACUGCGAAAAGGAUUUCGCGGAAGCGCCCUCGCUCUUCCUAAAGUUUUCUGGGAGUGAUGCUGUCGUACACGAACAAGUCCAGCAAGUUCGGGCACUGGCAAAGAACUCGAAAUGCCUCAGUUUCCAGUUUGGCACAGACGAAUCCGAAUCCGAAGCCUUCUGGCAAGCCAGGAAGACGAUGCUGUGGAGCUUGAUGACUCUGAAAAGGAAUCCGGAUGACAAGUUCGUAGGCACGGACAACGCGGUGCCGAUCUCCAGACUGGCCGAUAUCAUCGAUAUCACCAAUCGCAAGAUUCAAGAGAGCGGCCUGGUAGGAGCAUGUUGUGGUCACGUUGGUGAUGGUAACGUGCACGCAGCCAUAUUCUACAGCGAAGCCGAGAAAGACAAGGCGGAGAGAAUAGUCCUCGAAGUUGAAAGGCUCGGGAUUGAAAUGGACGGCACCAUCACUGGGGAACACGGCAUUGGGCUCGAAAAAAGAGAUCGCCUCGUCGACGAGCUCGGAGAUGACACCGUCGACACAAUGCGGCGCGUCAAACUGGCCCUCGACCCCCUAUGCCUCCUCAACCCCGAAAAAGUCGUGCGUCUCACGCCUGGGACGACGACGACUCCCUAGAAAUUUCAGAGUUCUGCAGGCGCGACCCCUUUUUCCUCUACUCACGAGACCCCUUUUACAACUUGGAACCCAGUCCUUCCGUCUCGGCUAUGCGAAAGACGUAUUUCGUCGCGCUGGCUUUGCCUUCUUUCAGAUUCCUCAAGCCUUGCUCAACACGUUUCAGCCCUCCACGAAUGACUUCAUGAGGAUGUGGCUUGAACCAACCAUCUUUCAAACCCAGCUCAAAGAGCCGAUACCACGCAUACCCGAAAUCCUUGUCCUUGCCAUGAACACUCCCGACCAUUGUCAACGUCGUGUGGACAGACUUGGGGAUCGACGGAUCGUCCUUGAGCGGGAGGACCAGCGUGAGAUGGCCGUCUGGCGCUAGCACUUUACAAAUAUUUUCGGCCGACGACUUCGCCUUUUCGCUCACGGCGUCAAACGCAUACUCUAGCUUCUCGCCUUGGGGGACGGCUUUCCUGAUCCCUUCGACGACGCUCUCGUUGCCCUUGCGAUAAUCGACGACGACGUCACCCUGUCCCUUAAUGUUGCUGCUGUUGCUACUAGUAUCUCCCAACAAUCCCUCGACGAAUGGGAUCCCUCGCCCUGCCACAGCGAUGAUCGGAUGGAUCCCAGCACGCUUCGCCAGCUGGACGGCAUACGCACCGACAGCGCCUGCGGCACCGUAUAUCACGAUGCCGCCUUUCGGCACUCUUUCAGGAUUUCCAGCGGCGACCCAAGGCUCUGGUAGCCCCAAUCGGACGAACAAACCGACCGCGGCCGUCAUUGCGGCCAAGGGGAUUGCGGCGGCCUCUUCGAAGCUCAAGGUCGACGGGAUGUGGAAUGUCGUGUGCUCUGGGGAGAUGGCGUAUUCCGCGUACGAUCCGCCGGGGGUCUGCAUCCGAUGAAACGCGGCGACACGGUCGCCUGGCUUGAACUGUGUGACGGCGGAACCGACCUUUUCGACAACGCCGGCGAUGUCGUCGCCUUGGUUUGUGCCGUUGAAUUCCGGGUUGACGGCUGGCCGUUUCCAGUCCUUGGGGUUGGAGCCCGAGACGUGGACUUUCGUGAGGACUUCGUCGGCUUUGGGGGUCGGGAUCGGGAUGUUGUGGAGUGUGACGCGGAGGGGGUGGUGGACGAGCGCUUCGAGCAUGGUACUCGUCUCAGAUGAGGGUGAGGGUGAGGGUGAUGACAUUGUGGCUGUGGCUGGCGAGGCGUGGAAUCUUCUGUGGAUUCGAGAGGAAGUAGUACCGCAGAGUGAGUUUUUAGGGAGCGAAGAGGCAGUUGGGGCGAUCCUGAGGGCUUUUGGAAUACAACUAGUAGUAAAGCUGUGAUAGCGUAGGCUCUGGGAUGUCCGUGGCAGGAUGUUCAUGGAUACCUAAGGUAGGUACCUAGGUAAGGUAG